CGCGGAGAGGAGAGGAUGGUUCCGCACGCACGACCAGUGGCGACGGCGGCAGCUCUCUCGACGACUCGCGAGCUCUAUUAGUUACUGACGGUGUCUCUCACGAGGUGGACGACUACGAGCGCGGGGUCGCAAACUUUUCUUAUUUUUUUCGCCCGCGUACGCAUACGUAGACGUAGUUCCGAGCUUUUCGGGCGAGCUUGCAGCCCCGCGCGAGUGCGUGCAGUGCGACGCGCGCUCAACUGCCAUCGACCUUCGCGAGUCGUGCUUACGAAGACGAGACGACCAAAAUGAAUCCCCGAGCGGGAGACACCGUCACCUCGACGAAACCACCAACGACCAAUACGACGACGACAACGAGCACAACGACGACCGGGGCGCGGCGUUUUGGCCAUGUCGCGCUUCGGCCAGAAACAGCGACAUCCGCGAAGGCCCACAGAGCGCCGAGAAAGCGCCGUCAGCAGGUCGAGCCCGAGCUGCCACAGCAGCAGUCGGUGACGAGGCCGCGGCCCGAGGUUAACACGCCGCCGCCGGAGAAGAGCCGGCGACGAGCUGCCACUGCCGAACAGGCCGCUGGCGAACGGGCGGCCAGCAAGUCGCGCCUCGGCGAUUUUUUCUCCAGCCUCGCUUCCCGAAUCCGUAGCCCCAAGAAUGCGGACACGAUGCAGGGCAAUCACGAAAAUCUGGAAAGUCAGGAAUUCUGCAGAAACGAUGUGACGCAGGCAGCUGCGAAACGAGAGGGAAACGAGGAGAUUGUGCAAAGUACACGCGUCGACUUCAAAAAAAGGAGGAAGCUCGGUAUUGAUCGAAGAGCGCAGAAAUGUGAAAGCGACGCAAAUUGCGAAGCUGAAGUAACUUUAAGAGAUGCAAAGUCGGAGAAUACGAACGCUCAUGAGUGCGGAUGCUCAGAGCACUUGGGAGAAAAUUGCGACGCUAGUACGUCCGAUUCGAAAAACGAGGGAGAGAUUCCAAGCAAAUUGGUACUUAAGUGCGACAGUUACGUUGUUUUGAAUAAGAUCCUGGACCAAGAGACAGAUGCGACUGAUGGCGAGUACGCACACGAAACGACAGUCGACGUCGGUAUGGAAAACAGAAUUGCAGACGAGUGCAACACCGAUCUUCUUCUAAGCGAAAGGAAGACAGACGAUGAGGGUGAAAGCAAAAUCAUCGACAUGUGCAGAAGCAUCGUGGCCAGUAUGUGCGAGAAGAUUCAGGACACAGAGGAAGCAGAACAGUCCAAAAAUAGUUCAGAGCCAAUGAUUACCAAUGAAUUCGAGGCACUCGAUCUGCCAGCCGACGAUCGAAAUCUUCAGCCAAACGACAGGAACCUGCAUCCCACACUCAGCACAGCAAGCAUGACGAGUCAAGAAAGCAUCCCCAUCGAGUUAGAAGUCGACAGCGCGGAAGCACAGAAGAACACCUCAGCCCAAAGGCGUGUCGAAAAGGAAAAGGAUCCGCCGAUUGAAUCGGAAUCCAGGAUAAGCCUCAGGCCCAGCAAUCCACGGCCAUCGUCGCGUUCACCGCGUUGGGACGAUACAGUGCGGCUGCGAAAAACAAUCCAGUGGUUGGAAGAGGGCUCGCGACGGCUGCGCGAGGACCUGGCAAGCGUGAGGUCGGAGCUGCACGAGGAGCGCAGGGCUGCAAAACUGGCUCGGCGGGAGCUCGACACUGCCAUCAGAGAAGCCCGGAGUAUCGAGGCUGCCAAGUAUGCCGGCGUCAUCUCCGAGCUCAAAGCCAGGUUGUCUCAGUCGCCGUCUCGUUCAGCAAUGGAUUCUUUGCCGAGUUUAUCGAAGACUGAUCUUCUAAAAGACGAGAAUCAUAGACGAGAAAUGGCAGCACUGAAGAAGAGACUCGCCGAAGCCGAAAGUACAAUACAGAAACUCAAGACCAAUUCUCUGGAUCGCGGGCGAGCUAAGAAGAAAAACAAGGAAGACGAAAGUGGCAAACUCGCGAACGCUGAGGUGCGCAAACUUGAGGUCGAAGUUCAAAGUCUUCGGGCCACUAAUAAAAAACUUGAAGAAAAAUUACACAUUGCCGAGGAAUCAGCGAGGGCACGAGCGGCCGAGUUGCGAGUGCAGCAUGAGUCCCACGAGGCAGAAUUGUCAGCUUUGCAGAAGGCUUUGCGCAGCGAUACCAUUAAAAUGAUCGACGAGAUACAAAGCAAGAACCGAGAAAUCGAGAAGUUAGAGAAAUUGGUAAAUGAGUGCGCUCAGAUGAACCAAAAAUUACGCACAAAGGAAGACGAAACGGUAAGCCACUCAUUGAUUAUAAUCUUCCCAACGAACGUUCCGAUGCGGAAGUUACGGGAGAGCGAAAGGAGUCACCAGAUUCGCCUGGCGUCCAGGAUCGAGGAGAAGAUCCACCACGAUGACCACAUGGGGGAUCUCUGCAAAGUGGAUUGCGACGAGGACGCAGCAGCGACGAAGUUCGACAGACUGCGCGAACUGGCAGUCGAGCAGCAGGAGGUCAUCGAGGUACUCAGACAGGCGGUCAAGGAAAAGGAGCGCAAGCUCGAGCAAUUGUCAAACAAACGUCGCAAGGAGGAGUUUUAUAAACAGUGGUUGGAGCUUGAGCCAGUGGCGGAGGUCGACGACGAGGACGAGCACCAGCAGGAGGAGGGCGACAGCGCACUCUCGAGCGCCCCAUCUUCGUUGUCGCCUCAACCGAACGCCAGCCGCAACAACGGCGUGACGCGCGAGGCUUACGAGAACGUGCUCAUCGAAAUCGAGGAGCUGCAGACCAAGCUGCUCGAGGAACAGCAGGAGCUCUGUCACGCCAGGAGCCAAGUUCGAGACCUCGAGAAGGCUCUGCUGCAGGAGACAAGAGGCAGUCAAAACAACAGGCGCGCACUGAGCGAAAAGCUGCGCGUAGCGGAAGAGCGCGAGGCUAGCCUUAUCGCCGAAAUUUCAGAACUGCGUGAACAGAACGAACUGCUGGAGUUCCGCGUGCUUGAGCUCGAGGAGUCACCGAACCCACGAGAUACCCCAGAUCCGGCAGACAGCGGUAUCGUCUCACCGGAGCCGAUUCAUCUCUACAAGGACCACCAAUCGAGCAAACACAGGGACCGCGCGGUAGCGACCGUCAUCCCUUAUACUUCAAGCUACAGUCAUCCAGUCCUGCCCAUCGAUCCUCAGAAGGCACCGCUGUCCCUGCAAGAGAGUGGAAUCUUCGAGGAGGAGGACGUCGAGGAAGAGGAGAUCGAGGAUCACGUAGACGAUGAGAGCAAAAUCGAGUUGGCCAGCCAGAGCACGCAGACCGAGGCUCCGGCCGGCGAACUGCUGCAGGAAGUCCAACGUCUGCAGGAGCUCCGAGCUCGCAUUCAAGAACGCGCGGCCAAGGUGCCGCCGGUGUCGCCGAUCAGCGACCGCAAGAACGAGGCCCCCUGCGACUUUGCACUGGACGUCACGCCUCUGCGCGAGCGGAUUCGCGAGCUGGAGGAGCGACUCAACGCCCACGAGUCCGAGCGUCGGGUCUCGAAGCAGCGCGAGGAGGAGUUACUGGACGAGAAUUAUCGGCUGACGGAGAAGACUUUCUGGCUGGAGGCCGAACUCAAGAAACUCCAGGAGAAGCUGAACGAGGUGAAACUGAGCAGCGACGCAGAGACCAUGACCGAUCAAGUGGUCCGACGACAACUGGCAGUCCAGACCGAUGUUUACGAGCAGUGCCAAGUCGUGGACAAUGAAAACAAGACCGUCAUGGACGACGUGGACAACAGCAGCGAGAUGUCCAGGUGUCAGAGACUCUACACGGCUGCUAUUUCGAACCAGGACGAGAGUGGCUCAGCUCAGAGCUUGACCAAGGCAAGCCUAGACUCAGACUCAACGUCCAAGAGGCAGCCUUGUCUGGACUGCAGCGAGCUGUGGAAGGACUGCGACGCGCGAAUACACAACCUCGCGAGUCUACGCCAGCAGAUCGCCAGUUUGGAGCACCGGGAGAGCGCUUUCUUCGAGACUUUGCGCCAGGCUGACGCCACCUGGGCCAAGCUCGAGGCGGACUACGAAGCCAAGCAGAAGGAGAUGAACGAGCGACUGACGGCACAAGUCGAGUUGAACCGAGCUCUCUUCGAGCACCUAACGAAGCUCAACAAGAUGGCCGAGAAGACGCUGAAGGACCGUCCGGAGGAGCCGAUGGAGGUGGACGAUGACGUAACAGCGAGCUGCAAGUCGGAUCUCACACGAGCCACGCAGACGGACGAGCUCGAGAGCUGCAGGUGCCAGACAACACCCUCGCUCUCUAGAUCAUCUUCCUCCGCGACGACUGGGCUCAUCGUGAGAGCGGACUCGUCCAGGGUGUCGACGAUCUCGCGGACGAGCAUCACCAUGGCCCCAGCCGGAUGCGACGAUAUCGACACGAGUACGAUACUCUUGGCAGCGGCUGAUCCUCCUGCGGAGAUAGCCACCGAGGCCAAGGAGGAAGAUAACGCCCAGCCCUGCGCAUCGGGCCAGAUUCCGAAUCCAGCAACAUCAGCUGAUGCACCGCAGCGAGCGGAUCAUCAGAAGACUGAGGGACAGCAACAGCCGGAGGCUCUCGUCAGCAUUGACGAAUCCUCUAGCGAUAAGAAGGUUAGCAAGCCGUCCAAAGGUGCGGGAAUGGUGCGACAGGGGAUGAGCAGUGUGCGCAGCAAAGCCAUUAGCUUCGAGCGCAACCUCGUAGUCAGCUCGGCGCGGAGCCGCCGCCGCUUGACCCUCUAUCAGGAGAUCUGCGUUUGAUCUUGCCGUUUAACGUCGAAUCAUUUAUACGAACCGAACUUAUAUCAUAUUUUAUAUGAUUACGAUUUUUUUUAAUUUUUUUUUUUGAGAAAGAGAAACGCGAAACGAAAAAGAUACGAGGAUCAUGUUGUUUUGACGCGCAGGCAAAGUGAAAAUAUUAUUGUUUUACAGAAAACUAAGCUUGAUUUUUUAAUGAGACUGCCAGAAGUUUACUUUGUGGGUGAGCAGUGUACGAAGACACUGAUGGCUCGUAAGUCACAGUAAUGGUUCUGCGUUCUCUGUUUAAACUCGCCGCUGUUGCUUAUUGAUUUGACGUUAGAAUAACCGAUGUGAAAUAAAUUUCGCAGUAUACGACGCAUCGAAUAUGGAAAUUAUUGUCUGCGUUUCUAGUACAACUAUUUAUGAGGCUGGAACGAUUUACGAGUCACUGCUUACGCUACAAGGCAUAGUUCUAGUAAACAAAAGGAAGCUUUCUUUUUAAAACGCAUUAUGUUUAUGUUACUUUUUAUGAAAAUAUUUUGAGCGUUUUGAAAAGUUCGAAAAUUGGUUUUGCGCAGUAUUAGAACUGUAUAAUAAGGGCUGGUAAAACCGUAGACCGAUGUUUCAUCAUACGACCAAAUGUAUGAAAUUCGAACAAAAAAGUAGAUAUCGAUCGACUGAUAAAAAUGCAUAGGCUUUUUAAAUUCGUACGUUUAAUUAAUAAUCCUAGGAAAGAGUUUACAACCAGUUUUGUAGACUUAUGUUUAAAUUACCACAUUUGAUGAAAAAAUCUAUUUAUUUUAAACGAGUGUGGAGACCUAAGCUUAUUGAAAUAAGCAGUAAAACGUUUCGAAAAUUGUUUAGAGGGUAUAUUGUUAGAGUAGAAGAGUUUUCAAUUAUUAUAAAAUGAAUUGCGAAUUCCUUACGAGCGAGACAUACGUUAAUUAUCAUUGAAAUGAAGAAUAACGCAUCAUCCAAUCAACAGAAAAGUACCUAACGAGAAUAUAAAUUAUGUACUGAUAAUAUUUCAACGAUUGUUAUCGAGCUGAUCUAGAGGCACACGAAGAUCAUAUCGCCAAAAGGCUUUAGGAAAGGAUGAUCGCAGGAGGACAAGAUGCUCGAAGAAAAUCUCUAGCUCUCUCUGUAUCGUGGACUUGAAAAAUCCUGGCUCAGAGGCUCGUUCGUAUCUGGCCCAAGCAAAUAAUCUACUUCCGAUGGAGAUGAAGUUCCUUUACGAGAAUCAACCGUUAAUUUAAGAGAUUCAACGACAUCAGGUUUUCAUUCACGCACAUCGCGUUUCCUGCGAGCUGAUAGGAAACUGUAGUUUCAAAGCAUAAGAUGAGAACGAAAAGAGCUGGCGUUGCUUGGAGAAACCAAGUGCCGACCAGAAUGGGUGCGCCUCGCUGUUAAAGUUUCCAAGCUGUUUAAACGAGCUUAAUCCCCAAGUACAUCAGCGAAAUAAUCAACGUCGAUGCAGUUCACGGUGACAGCGCGACACUAUCUGACGGCUUCCAUAUCGCUCGUCUAGUUGGCGCACCUCUCAUCUGCUUUUCUUCGGUAUCCAGAGUGAGCUGCGUUUCGUCGAGUUAUGGCGAUUACUAGGCGUCUGAACCUCGUGGGAAAUGCGCAAGAGUAUCCUUUAUCUGAUUUCUUUUCGCAAGAUUUUCCGACUUUUAACAAAUACGACAUUUUAUUAUACGACAGACCGUCUUUGAAUUGAAGAUACUUUACGUUUAUUUUAGUUUUUUUUAAUAUUUUAUUCUGAUCAAUGUCAAAACUAAGCCUUUUAUUAUCGUUGUUGUUCUUGACAAAUACAUGAAAGGGGAAUAGAAAAAGGAUAGAGCUAUGAAAACCUGAAAAAAAAUGUUGCCGAGCUGUGAUUUUUCAUGUCAAUUACAACGAGCAGAAGUACAAUCAUUUUUAUUUUGUUAUUCACGCAUUCUAAAGCUUCAAUUGCAUUAUUAAUGGAUUUUGAGCAAUUGAAAUUUCAUACACAUUAAGAGUCCAUUAAAAAUGAAAUUUAGGCUGAUUUAUGUUUGCAAUUACUAGUUUUUUGUUCAUAAAAAUGCGUAAAUAUGUUUUGAUAAAUACCGAUUUUUGACAUUGCAUGUCAAUAUUUGGUUUAAGAAUAAACGAUCAACUGUAUAGUGCAUUAUGAUUAUGACAUUUUUUAUCAAAAAGCGCUGCGUAUUAUAUAAAAUAUGGUAAUAUACAUCAACAACGUGUUUUUCUCUUUUUUAUAUUUGAUUAUAUAGCAAAAAAUUGAAAAGCUUUUUUGCAAUCCAGUUUUUGAAGUCUCACAAUUGCUUAUUAUCGAUAUUCAAUAAUAUAUUGUUUUACAUUACUCAUAUGUACAUACAUGUAUAAUGUUCGUGAGUCUUUAAAUCUGCUUUAUAUUCACAAAUUUCAAUUGCAAUAUUAUAUCAAGCAUAGAGAAGUUCCAGUAAUGAAUUGUAAAGAAAUCACAAAAGUCUUUUUAAAACUGGAUUUCUUAAUGUAUUUAAUGCGUUUAUAUGUGCUUCCACAUUGUCACUUGUCGCAUGCGCUCUUAACCAGAUAUUUUUAAGUCAAAUUCUCGAUUUUCGAGUUCUUGUACGAAAUUAUAAAAAAAGUUGGAUUUAUUAACUACUUUUUUUUGCUUUCCUAAGAUAUAACAUUGUUAUAUGUAACAAAAUAGUUUUUUACUAAUGUAAAUUGAAAUUGUUCAGGUACGCAUUCGCAUGGAUAUACUUUCGUUUAAGAGUACGAAGUCCUCGACAAACCCUAAUUAUAUUAAAUUAUGCGUGUUUUGUGUACGUGACAAAAGUAAAUCUCAAAGAGAUUAAAAAGUUAAAGCUGCCGAGAGUAAGAAGACAAAUCAACGCCGCGUAUACGAAAAAUCCGAAUUAGGGUUUUUAGGUACUGUAUCUAGUCGAUAUAUUUUUUUUGUGUGAGAAUUACAAAGUAAACACGGCGUUUCAAUCAAAUUUUUCUUCAAUAAGGACGAAUAGCCUCGAGAUACGAAAAUUUAUAUUCUCAUAUUGCGUAGAGUUAAUGUACAUUUGUAUUAAAAGUAUGGUACGACGUUUUCGAGCGAUUACGAAAAAAUCGCAGUUUUUAGUUGAUAAGUGCCUUUUAAUAUGUGUAUCUCGAGAGCACAUUAUUAAUUAUGAUAUAUAAACCCAAGAAAAUAUGGUUUCAUUUUCUAGGCGUUAUUUCGUCGAGGUAUGAUUAACGAGUUAUUUACUCAGUUUGCAAUACUUGUAUUUUACUGAAUAAAAUACCUAUAAUGAUACUUA